CUAGCUAUCAAUAUUAAAAAUGAAGGUGAUGAAGGUGUGCGGUAUGGUAUUAGCAAUGACGAUGGUUUUAUUAUUUCAAAGAGUUUGGUGCUCUGAUGAUUGUUGGGAGACUGAGAGAAUUGCUCUCUUGCAACUUCAGUCUCAUUUCAACUAUUCUCUUCAAAAUGAUUAUUAUCUUCAAAAUUAUCCAUAUUUAUUCUUUUAUGAUUAUUCUAUGGAAAUUGAUGUUAUCAAGUGUUGUGAUUGGGAAAGAGUGUGGUGUAAUGCCACCACAGGGCAUGUUAUCCAACUCAAUCUUAGGAAUAUAAGAGUUUUUUCACCAGGAACGUGGUAUCUAAACGCGUCUUUAUUUCUUCCUUUUCAACACCUCAACUAUCUUGAUUUAAGAGGAAAUUACAUUGCAGGUUACUUUAAGAACGAAGCUUUGUCUAUUUACAUCUAUAUUUUUCAUUAUGAUAAUUAUAAUUGCAUCGCAUUAAUCCAAAUUAAAUGAGUAUUUGGAAAUCCAUCGAGUUGCAUUUCAUACAUUUUUUCUCUCUUUUUAUUUAUAUAUAAUUAUAAUUGAUUUUUAUAUAUGCAGGUUUUCAAAGGCUAUCCUCACUUGAGAAUUUGAAGUUUCUUAAUUUAGCUUCUAAUAACUUCAAAACUGAUAUUUUAUUAUCUUUAACUCAUCUCUCAUCUUUGAAAUAUUUAAAUCUAGAUGAUAAUCACAUGAAAGGAAGAAUUAAUAUUGAAGAAUUGAACAGCUUGACAAAUUUAGAAAGUUUGAGUAUACGGUCGAACGAAAUUGAAGGUUUUAAGUCUUUUAAUGGUGGUGAAGAAUUAUUAAAUAUGAGCAAUCUAGAAUUUUUAGACAUGAGUCACAAUCACCUUGAAAAUGGUGUUUUAUCUCUCAAGGGUCUCUCCUCUCUUAAAACUCUAUUGAUGGAUUAUAAUCAAUUAAAAGGACCUUUUGAUUUAAAAGAAUUAAAUACCAUGAAUAAUUUGGAGAUGCUGAGUUUGGGUGGAAACAACAUUACAAACUUGAUCAGUUCAAGAGGUGGUGAAAACUUAUCAAAUAUGAGCAAUCUAAAAUCUCUAGACAUGAGUUUCAAUAACCUUGGAAAUGACGUUUUAUCAUCUCUUAGAAGUCUCUCCUUUCUUACAACUCUAAGGAUGGAUUAUAAUCAAUUUGAAGGACCUUUUGAUUUAAAAGAAUUGGAUACCAUGAGUAAUUUGGAGUUGCUGAGUUUGAUUGGAAACAAUAUUACAAAAUUUGUCGGUACAAAAGGAAUGAGAAGCUUUAGAAAUUUAAGAUGGCUUUCUCUAACUAUAAAUGGAAGCAGCAUGCUAUUAGAGUCAUUGGGAGCAUUUACCAAUCUCGACAACCUACAUAUAAGCUGGAGUGAUUUAAAAGGGACAAGAUUUGCUCAAGGUUCUAAUCUCACCAAUUUGAAAGAAUUAUAUCUAGAUAACUCUUCUGUGGAUGAAAACUUUCUCCAAAGUUUUGAAGCACUUUCUUCCCUUGAAACAUUAUCAAUGCACGGCUGUGGACCUAGUGGCAUCAUACCUGUGAGCCAAAGUAUUUGCAAAUUGAAGCAUCUUCAAAAGUUAGACAUUAGUUACAACGAUUUCAGUGGUAACUUACCUUUGUGUCUAGCAAAUUUGACUUCUCUUCAACAAUUAGACCUCUCUUCCAAUCACUUUAUUGGAAACAUUUCUUCAUCUCCACUUGAAGGUUUAACAAACCUUGAAUAUCUAUCAGUUUCAGACAAUCUUUUUCAAAUCCCAAUCUCAUUAAGUCCAUUUUUCAACCAUUCAAAACUCAAAUACGUGGGAAGUAGGGGUAACAAAAUAUUUGCAGAAACAAAUGAUCAGUACUUGAACCCAAGAUUUCAGUUGGAGAUGCUUGUAUUAUCUAGUGGUGGAUAUGGCGGAGCAUUCCCCAAAUUUCUCUAUCACCAGCAUGACCUACAAUUUAUUGAUCUGUCGCACAUUCAAAUGAGUGAAGGGUUUCCAUAUUGGUUGUUACAAAACAACACCAAAUUGGAACGACUUUACUUAAUCAACAACUCUCUCUCAGGACCUCUGAAAUUACCAAUUCAUUCCCAUAUGAAUUUGUCAGUAUUGGAUAUCUCAGAUAAUUUCUUUCAAGGCUUCAUCACACCAGAGAUGGGAACAUAUCUGCCAAAAUUGUCACAUCUAAACAUGUCGGGAAAUGGUUUCAGUGGUAGCAUUCCUUCUUCAUUUGGAAAUAUGAGCUUGUUGGAACGUUUAGACUUAUCCAACAAUAGAUUGUCAGGUACUAUACCAGAGGAUUUAACCAUUGGUUGUGUCUCAUUGCAAGAACUCAUACUUUCAAACAACAGUUUGCAAGGCCAAAUAUUUUCUGAAACCUCUAACUUAAGGGUUCUGUAUGAGUUACAAUUGGAUGGCAAUCAAUUCACUGGCAGCAUUCCACAUAGCUUGUCUAACAUCUCCUUUUUACGAGUGUUGGAUCUUAGUCAUAACAACUUAUAUGGUAGGAUCCCAAGGUGGCUGGGGAACAUGUACUUUCUUCGCGUUUUGGAUCUUUCAAUGAAUAAUAUCUCAGGAAGUCUACCAUCUAACUUUUGCCCUUCAAAUAUACAAGAGAUUUAUUUGUCUAGAAAUGGGCUACAAGGGUCAUUGGAGGAUGCAUUUUAUGGUUGCUCUGAGUUAAUUGUGUUAGAUUUGGGCCAUAAUCAUAUGACUGGAAGCAUUCCAUCAUGGAUUGGAAAAUUUUCUCGAUUGAGCUACCUAAUCUUGGGGCAUAACUAUAUUGAUGGGGAAAUCCCAGUUCAAUUGUGCAACUUGACUCAAUUAAGUUUGCUUGAUCUUUCUCAUAAUCAUCUUUUUGGUUCUAUUCUCCCUUGCCUAAGAUCUACAAGCCAAACAUAUAGGCAGCUAGGAAGAAUGCUGCCUAAUCCAUAUAAUGCUUCUAUGGAUAAACCUUUGGAAUUUACAACAAAGAGUAUAUCCUAUUCUUACCAAGGAAGAAUGCUAUCUUACAUCUCUGGAAUUGAUCUCUCAUGCAAUCAUUUGACAGGCCAAAUUCCUAUUGAAAUUGGGUACCUCAAUGAGAUCCAUGUACUAAAUUUGUCUCACAACAGUUUGACAGGAAAAAUCCCAGCAUCAUUUUCCAACUUGCGCCAAAUUGAGAGCUUAGAUCUGUCAUACAACAACUUGGAAGGGAACAUCCCUCCUCAGCUUACUGAGUUAAAUUUUUUGGAAGUUUUCAAUGUGUCAUAUAAUAAUUUAUCUGGCAGGACACUUGACAAGGUUGCACAAUUUGGGACAUUUGAUGAAAGCAGUUAUCGAGGAAAUCCUUUUCUCUGUGGAUGGCCACUGCCAAGAAAUUGUACUGAAAUGGUAUCACCUCCAUCAAAAUCAAGAACUUCAAUUGAGAAUGAAGAAAGCAAUGGCUUCAUGGACAUGGGUGUUUUCUACAUAAGUUUUGGGGUAGCUUACAGUGUGGUGUUGUUGACAAUAGCUGCAGUUCUAUACAUAAAUCCGUACUGGCGACGAGUAUGGUUUUACUUCAUUGAGGUGAGUAUAGAGAAUUGCUAUUAUUUUAUAAUAGACAAUCUUGUAGUUUUAUCCAAAUUUAGAUUUUGUAGCUUACGCAGAUGAAUUCAGCUUGAAAGUAUUCUGCAAGUUUUUUCUUUUUCUGUACUUUCAAUUGACCUCGAGAUUGAAUCUCAAGCAGUGAUGUAAAAUGUGUGUUUGAAAUGCUAUACUUGCUCCCAACAUUGAAUUUGCUUAAA